AUGGCAGCCUGCAUCUUCUGCAAGAUAAUCAAAGGCGACAUACCCUGCUUUAAGCUCUUCGAGUCCGACAAAGUCCUAGCUUUCCUCGAUAUCAACCCUCUAAGCAGAGGUCAUGCCCUUGUCAUUCCGAAGUUUCAUGGCGUAAAACUGCUUGAUAUCCCUGAUGAUCAACUGUCCGAGAUCCUGCCAGUUGUAAAGAAGUUGGUUAAAGCUACGGGAGCAGAAAACUACAAUGUAUUACAAAAUAACGGUCGGAUUGCACAUCAGGAGGUUGAUCAUGUACAUUUUCACAUGAUUCCAAAGCCAAAUAACGAAGAAGGGAUGUCGAUUGGAUGGCCUCAGCAGAAGACUGACAUGGACAAACUGAAGGAGCUUUUUGCGGAUAUAAAAUCGAAGAUGUAG